AUGUCGGCAGCUACCAAGACGGUGCAGAAGUCAGUCGACCGCCUUCGUGGGCAAAUGAUCCGGACGGCCCGCAGAUUUCGCGACUACAACUUUCGCCAGUACUUCGUGCAGCACGUCAAGGACGACUUUGCAGCAGUUGCAAAGCUCUCUGAGGAAGAGCAGCGGAAGUUUUUAGCAACAGAGGGGCGCGAUAAGCUGCGUCAGCUACAGCGGAUGGCUUUAGUGAACCAGAUGUAUGCCAAGCGACCUGUCUACUUUGACACCGCUGCACAGCAGCCUCAUCGCACGCAGAACGACGGCACAUGUAAACCAGUCAUGGAGUGA